CUUAAUAUCCCCUUUCAAUUGCAAAAUCAAGCUUCCAUAGCUUUAAAAACGUUAUCUGUGGAUCCAAUCUUAAGACCUGAUGACGCGAAAGUAUCUUAUCUGAUUUCUUACAUUAGCAACUGUCAUUAUCUACAUAUAGAUUUAUACGCCAUAUCUGACAGAGUUCUUCGAGUACUAGCAAAUAACAUCAUCGCAUCUUUGAAAACAAUCGUUGAAUGCUUCGAUGAAUUUUAA